UGACCGGACUGCAGUCCUGAGCAAGCGAGACCCGUCGUUGAAUCAACCACCCCCUUGUUGCAGGCUCCGUUCGGGCUUGCAUGGCUCGGAGAUGGGAUGUCGUGGGAGAGUUUUCGGUCGUGCUGGGAUGUCUGUCACCUCUGCGACUGCCGUCCUUAGCUCACUAGCGUAACAGCUGGCUUCUCUCGGCUGUCUAUGGUUGUUGUUGUUGUUGUUGUUGUUGUUGUUGUCAUGAGGGAGCGUCACCGUGGUCUUCCCCUGUAGUCAGUUUAGUUAGCGGUUUGACAUGAUCGCGGAGUCGAAACAUCAACGUCAGCGUCAACAACAACCUCCAAGUAGUUCGCUCAACCUCGUAACUUCAUCAUCAGCACCAACAACUGGAAGCAGAGAAGAAGAAGAAGAAGAACAAACGCUCGUGGUUUUCAUGCCAACCGUCGGAAACCUCGUUUACCGGGCAAGUAUAUUUGGCAUCUUUGCCUUUGCCCUGAUCGUCUAUCUCACCACCAGCUCGCCGUGGAUGCCCUUCACCGAGAACUGCUCCGACUGCUCAUCGCCCGCCAUGGACGACCAACUCUCCUUCCUUCAGAUCUCCAUCUGUCCCGGCCGUGAAAUUGUGCCAAAGGACGAGGAGCUCAAGCUCAAGGUGACCGUCACGAAUACAGCCGACUCCCCGGCAACGCUCCUCACCUGGAACACCGUCUUCGAUACUCUCGCACCCUCGCUCGGUGUCUUCACGCUCCGUGACCUCACUGACGGCACGGAAGUGGAACAGAACAUCAUGAUGAUCCGCCGUCAGAUGCCGGCUCGCGAGCGUGAUCUUGUCGAGCUGGGCCCCAAGCAGUCAACCGAGACCAGCGUCGUCUUCAACAACCUGGAGCUCACCUCCGGCCACAAGUACUCGGUCCAGGCCAACGGCUUCUGGCAAACCGUCUGGACCAAGCCCAAGUCAGAGGUCGUCUCGCACUAUCUCGACCUCUCCGGCGGGAUGAACGGGGACUUUUCCUCCAACACCGUCGAGUUCUCCAAGGUAAGUCCUCCAAGGGGAGUCGUCGCUUGAUAUAUGCGAAAUAAAUAGCUGGACUCGCACUAACUUGCCGUAGGAGUGAUCUGGACUACGGCCCGUCUGUCGGCAGCCAGUUCUUCAGCCAGCCAGCGUACACGGGUUGAUGCGCUUUCUUGAUAUCUUCUUGUCUAUAUGUUAGUACCUGUAUAUAGUUACCACUACUCCAUACACCACGAUAGCCACAGAAUGUCAGCCAGCUUCUCAAGCCUCGCGGCUCC